ACGAGCCUCAAUUGAUAUAUCGGAACAUCCAGGUCCACUGUGGUAUAUCCUCCUCUGAUUGUUCCAACUUUUUUUCGACUCUCAAACUGUAUAUAUACGCUCGUCAAUUGGUCGAGUCCGCCCAGACACAAGUCCAAAAUGUCCAAUUUGAAGCAGGCCGUUUCGACCGACAAGGCACCCAAGUCAUUGCCUAACAUCUUGAACCAAGCCAUUGUUGCCAAUGGCUUAGUCUUUUGUUCCGGUCAGCUCCCCGUGGAUCCAACGACGAAGAAAUUGGUGGAAGGUGAUAUCCAGGCUCGUACGCACCAAUGCAUCCGAAACCUGGGAGCGGUUCUCGAAGCUGCCGGGUCAGGCCUGGACAAGGUUGUCGAAGUCAACGUCUUCCUAGCAGACAUGAAAGACUUUGUCAAGAUGAACGAAGUCUACGCACAGUACUGGGGAGACGUAAAGCCAGCCAGAACGUGCGUGGCCGUCAAGACUCUGCCUUCCAACACCGACGUCGAGAUCAAGUGUGUCGGCGUGGUCGCGAAGCAGUCCAAAUUAUGAUUCGGCUCUAGCGAGUCGGCAUGGAAGGUGUGCUUUUACAUGGCUGUUGAUUAUCCCGCUUGGGAUUCAGUGAGGUGUCCUGCAAUCAGCUUGAGACGAAGAACAACAGCUCUCCCGGGACAGGUGCACCACUGGUUACUCAAACGCAUGUCAGACCCUGACCAUUUGCCUGUUCAGCUUCGGUGCAAGAUCACCGUUGCUAGGCAUGUAAAGGAGUACAGGACCCCCAAGACAGGAGUCGUUGGACCCAAUAUGUCAGUGUGGACAAGCAGUGCCAGAACUAAAUUCUCCCAUAUUAUUACACAUCUGCCGUCCGGGAGAUACACGCAGCAGGGGCUGUCUUUCGUAGACUCGGAGUCAGGGUAUCCUGCUCCUUGAAUCCCAUAUGAUCGACACCCGCACCAGAGCCCCUGGCAUUUAUAGGUAGCGCAUGGCCAGGACGAGGCAGACUUUCCCGCCAUCAGCGACGAGAGCAUAUAAGAAUAAUGAACUAGCAGGGAGAGGAGCCCCUGAUGAAACGG